CAGAGGGCGGGCCAUGCCCUGACUGAGGACGGGCCGGCAAAGUUAGGCAAGUCGCGGGGCCGCCUCCGUCUGAGACACAACAAACACACACACACUGACCAGGCGCAACUCGGCAUGGCCCGGCGCGGCGGCGGCGGCGCCUUCUUCCCGCCCUCUUCCUCUUCCUCCUCCAGCCGGUGGUGGUCCUGCUCUUGGGGGCUUUUCCUUCUCUGGGCCGUGGCAGAAACUCGAGCAGGUGAGAACGACCACAGACGCGUGUCUGGAAAGUCCCCGGGAAGAGCCUGCUCAGAUACUCACUAUGCCACCGUAUAUUGGCAGAAAACUGAGAAGACAUUCCAGGUUAAGGAUGUAUUGGAUAAGAAUGGUGAUGCUUAUGGCUAUUAUAAUGACACUGUACAGUCUACAGGAUGGGGGGUUCUUGAGAUCAAAGCGGGCUAUGGUAACCAGCCCAUAAGCAAUGAAGACCUCAUGUACGCUGCAGGUUACUUGGAGGGCUAUCUCACUGCUUCACACAUGUGUGACCAUCUUGCAAACCUGUAUACACAGCUGAUUAAGAAUGUCCUCAUUGAGAGAAAAGUUAAAGAUUUUAUGCGGAAACAAGAUAAGUGGACCAGACAACAAAUUAAAAAAAACAAGAAUGACCCCUUCUGGAGACAUGCCGGGUACAUCAUUGCUCAGUUGGAUGGGCUGUACAUGGGAACAGUGGAGUGGGCUAAGCGACAGCAAAAAACACCUCUCACUGCCUUCCAAGUCUAUUUCCUGAAUGCAGUUGGAGAUCUGCUCGACCUCAUUCCUGCCUUAUUCUCAGGUUCAGCAAUGACUAAUUUAAUGACAGGAGACUCUACACAGUACCUAUGGAAUAUGGGCCAUUGCUCUGCUCUGAUUAAGGUCCUCCCUGGAUAUGAAAAUAUAUUAUUUGCUCAUUCUAGCUGGUUCACAUAUGCGGCCACUUUGAGAAUCUAUAAGCAUUGGGACUUUAGAGUUGAUGAUCCACAAACGAGCUCAGGCCGUGCUUCAUUCAGCAGUUACCCAGGUUUUUUGGUAUCCCUAGAUGACUUUUACAUACUUGGCAAUGGCUUGAUAAUGUUGCAGACCACAAACAGCGUAUACAACCAUUCUCUUCUCAAACAAGUGGUACCUGAGAGUCUCUUUGCAUGGCAGAGAGUCCGCAUUGCCAACAUGAUGGCCCACUGCGGAAAGUCCUGGGCACAAGCCUUCGAAAGGGAAAAUUCUGGUACUUAUAACAACCAGUACAUGAUACUGAAUACAAACAGGGUCAAAUUGCAAGAGAGUCUUGGUGAAGGAACCCUCUAUGUCAUUGAACAGAUCCCUAAUCUUGUGGAGUAUUCUGAUCAGACAAGCAUUCUCCGUAAAGGAUACUGGCCUUCUUACAACGUCCCUUUUCAUGAAAAUAUCUACAAUCUGAGCGGAUAUAAAGAGUAUGUUGAAAAAUACGGCCUGGACUUCUCUUAUGAGAUGGCUCCCAGAGCAAAAAUCUUCCGACGGGACCAAGGAAAAGUGACUGACAUGGAGACCAUGAAGCACAUAAUGAGAUACAACAACUACACAAAAGAUCCCUAUACAAGACACAAUCCCUGUAAUACCAUUUGCUGCAGGGGAGACCUGAACCCUGAGUCUCCAAUGCCAGCUGGCUGCUAUGACUCCAAGGUAUCAGACCUCUCUAUGGCUUCGAACUUUGCAGCCUAUGCCAUCAAUGGACCAACUGUGGAAGAGGACCUGCCUGUGUUCAGCUGGACGCGUUUCAACGAAACAAAGCACCAGGGCUUGCCAGAUUCAUAUAACUUUGAUUUUGUCAUUAUGAAGCCAGUGCUUUGAAAUAAGCAUCAGAAGCUUUAUCAUCUAGAGAGGGGGAGAUAAGUU